AUGCUCGAGCACCAACGUGCCAUCUUGCCUCUUCAGCGAGCGAGAUCAGACAGAUGCAGCGGGGCAGCAAACAGACUUGAGUUGCUGAUGACGAUCGAGGCAGGGAAUGUGCGCAAAGUUCGACUAGGUGCUGGUACCCUCGAGGUCUCAGAGAUAGGAUGCGGCACCUUAGCAUGGGGAGAGACUGGAAUGGGCUUCGGCUCCUACUACACAGAGACGAUCCUGUCACAGGCGUUUAAGGAACUGGUUGAGGGAGGUGUGAACUUGAUCGACACCUCGGAAGUCUACGGACGCGCGUCGAUGAGGGAAGGUAGUAGCUCGGAGCAGCUGAUUGCCAAAUUCCGAGAUCAGCUUCCCGUCGAUGCUCCUCCUGUCGUCCUGAGCUCCAAGUUCUUCCCUGCUCCCUGGUCCAACACUUUGGUAGGAGGGGGAGUGAGGCUGGGGAGGAAAGCGGUUGUGGAAGCAAUUCGAGGGUCGAUCACGCGAUUGGGUUGCGGUCAGAUUGACUUAUAUCAGAUGCAGUUUCCCUUUCCUUACCUGGGAGGCCAGCAAGCUCUGCUCGAGGGGUUUGCCGAGGCUGUUGAUUUUGGACUUUGCAAAUCCGUUGGUGUCUGCAAUUUUGACGUCAACGAAAUUCAAGAAGCUCACGCGAUUCUCGCCAAGCAUGGAGUCCCUUUAGCGUCAAAUCAAGUUCGAGAAAUGGAGAUAUCCGUCCUAGCCUACGAGCCACUAGCAAAAGGUCUGUUGACCGGCAAAUUUCACGAGCAUCAGCACCAAGACGGACCGCAGCCGACGAGCAUGUUCUCUGACUCAGAGCUCCUCAUCUGCCGUCCCAUCAUGAACCUCCUGCGGCUGCUGGGGGCGUUCGAGGGAGGCAGGACGACAGCGCAGGUGGCUCUCAACUACAUCAUAUCCAAGGGCGCCAUCCCGAUUGUCGGGGUCAAGAACGUGGGGCAGGCGAGGGAGGUGAUGGGAGCGGCUGGAUGGAAUCUCAGCGACAACGACCUGAAGGUCUCGCAGAUCCUAGACGAGCGACUUGUGGAGAUGGACGCAGAGAUGCAGAGGCAGGACGUGCAGUCGACGUUUGGAGACAAGCGAGGAAGCUUCCUGGGGUGUCUCGAGGAGCUCAGGUUGGGGGAGAUCUUGUCAAAUUGA